CAAAGUGAAGAACAGAAAUGAAAUAAAUAACCAGCGACCCCACUCCCACCAUCCACACUCUGCCUCCUUAUUACCCAUCUCGGAUCCUUCUCCAUCUGCCCACAAAGAAAAGAAACUCUUACAAGUUUUUUCAAAAGCUCCUCUCUUUUAUGAAAGAGAUAGCUAAAUCUUCUACUCUUGUAGUAUUUUAUUAUCUCCUUGCUUUGUUGUUUAUGGCUAUACUCACUUUCUUACCGGAGCAGGAGGCAGGGCCCAAGAAACAACUGUCGACCAAGCGCAGGAGAAAGCAGAAAAAGCCAAAGCAACCGUCGUCAUGGGACCAAAUCAAGAACUUGCUCACCUGCAAACAGGUCGAAGGGUCGAAAGUUCACGACCCUUCAAAGAACAACCCUCCUCACCACCAUGGGUACUCAAAGCUUGGUUCCUCCUGCAACUCUAUCUGCAGCUUCAGGGACGUUGUUCAUGGCAACACAAGGGUUGUUCACAGGGCUGAUAACUCACCCGAGAGCAGCACGGUGGGUCAAGAAACCGGGUUGCUGAGACGCAAAGCUGCAAAUGGCUCGUCAACUCGGUCGUUAUCAGGGUCGACAAGAUCCAACACUAGCACCACCUACACGACCUCAUCUUCAUCAAGAGCUAUGCAAUUCAGGAAGCUUUCUGGGUGUUAUGAGUGCCACAUGAUCGUUGACCCCAGCAGGUAUCCAUCUUCAAGAACAACUAUCUCUGCCUGCUCACAGUGCGGAGAGGUCUUCCCAAAGAUCGAAAGCUUGGAGCUUCAUCAAGCUGUUCGCCAUGCAGUGUCGGAGUUGGGCCCAGAGGAUUCGGGCCGGAACAUUGUGGAGAUUAUCUUCAAAUCCAGCUGGCUAAAGAAGGACAACCCCAUCUGUAAGAUCGAACGGAUACUAAAAGUCCACAACACCCAGCGCACCAUCCAACGGUUCGAGGACUGCCGCGACGCGGUGAAGACACGUGCACUAAAUAGCACCAGGAAGAACCCCAGGUGUGCAGCUGACGGCAACGAGCUCCUCCGUUUCCAUUGCACAACCUUGACGUGCUCCCUCGGAGCGCGUGGAUCGUCCAGCUUGUGCGGCGCGGUCCCGGGUUGCGGGGUCUGCACCAUAAUCAGACAAGGGUUCCAGAACAAAGGCGGAUCCGCCGCAGUCGCAGAUUUUAAAGGAGUCCGCACUACGGCUAGUAGCGGUAGGGCCCACGAUUCACUUAAUUGUAAAGACGGACGUAGGGCAAUGCUGGUUUGCCGCGUGAUCGCGGGAAGGGUGAAGCGCGUGACGGAUGAUGCGCCGUUGGAGGAGGAUAAUAGCAGCGUAUCGGCUGGCUCGUACGAUUCCCUAGCUGCUUACGCCGGCGUCUACUCCAAUCUAGAGGAGUUAGUCGUCUUCAAUCCCAGGGCCAUCCUUCCUUGUUUCGUAGUCAUCUACAAAGCUCUUGAAUCUUGACUCAUUUGAAGUCAAAUAUCAUCAGCAUCUUUACCUGAUUAAAAUCAAACGAUCCACCUUAAACCCUGUACAUAAUUUUGAUCUUACGUUGGUCCACACGAGAUCAAAACCUCUCUCUGU